AUGCAACACUGGACCACCAUCGUCGCUGAAAAGCGAGCCAGGACGCUGUCGCGAAUUCCAAAUGAGUGGAUGCAUCCGAACAUCAUUCAAGACAUGGCAGAAAAGAAUGUCAAAAAUGCGUGCAAAUACCUCGAUGGUAUACUUCCUGUAGAUGAAGUGAACAUCACUUCUCUCGAUGCCACCGCACUAGUGGAAAAUAUAGCGUCAAAAAAAUUAACAAGCUAUCAGAUAUGCUACGCAUUCUGUCACAGAGCUGCCCUUGCACAUCAAAUUCUCAAUUGCUGCAUCGAGAUAUUUUUUGAGGAGGCUCUUGAAAGAGCGAAACAACUAGAUGCUUAUUAUGCUUCAACGGGAAAACUGAAAGGUCCUUUGCACGGCGUUCCAUUUUCACUCAAGGACCAGGUAAACUUGCCAAAUAUUGAGACUACAAUUGGAUAUGUUUCUAAGGUGGGGCAGAAAGCCGACAAAAUGUCACUCCUAGCUAAAUUGUUACACGAGCAGGGUGCGAUUUUCUUCGUAAAAACAGCCGUCCCGACUGCUAUGCUUGCAUCCGAGACUGUCUCAACUUUGCACGGACGAACCCUAAACGCAGUGAACACUUCAUUUUCUAGCGGGGGAAGUUCAGGCGGAGAAGGCUCUUUGAUUGCAGCCAAGGGAUCUCCUUUAGGUGUCGGCACUGAUAUCGGUGGCAGCAUUCGCAUUCCAGCAGCCUUCCAAGGCUUGUACGGACUCAGACCUUCCCACGGUAGAGUGCCGUAUAUGGAUGUAACGAAUUCUUAUGAAGGACAAGAAUUAAUUUCUUCUGUUAUUGGUCCCAUGAGUUCCUCUCUCAGAGACUUGGAACUUUUCACAAAGCUUGUUGUUGACUGCGAGAGCUGGCGCUAUGAUCCUGAUGUUGUUCCCAUCCCAUGGAGGAAUUUUGACGGACAACAGACCCAGAAGCUGAGAUUUGGAAUAAUGACCUGGGAUGGAAUGGUUUUGCCGCAUCCCCCAAUUUUGCGCGCUUUGGAAGAAACUCGUAAAGUGUUGAUACACCAUGGCCACGAGGUUGUCGAAUGGAACUUUCCCCAUAGCGAGGAGCUUAUUGACGUUGCCGAACAAGUCUAUGGAGCUGAUUUCUUCAAUGAGGUGGAGGAAAUACUCAACGAAUCCGAAGAGCCUGUCUCUGAUUACAUGCAACUUGCGCGGAACAAUAUCCUGGCAAAAGGUGGUUUGGGAAAACCUCUUUCAGUUAGGCAGUGGUGGGAGGUUUCUCUCAAAAUUCGUAAGCUGAAGCAACAAUAUUUGGAGCAUUGGAGAGAUACAGCAAAUCAAACGUCAGAUGGGAAACCGAUUGACUCAAUAAUCUGUCCCGUGUGGCCGUCGGCUGGUUUCCAUGAUCGAGAGGUCGAACACGGUUGCGAAAACUACACAAUGCCGUUCAACCUUUUGGAUUACUCUUGUGUUGUGCUACCGAUCACAGAAGUGGACGAAAUGAAAGAUAAGCCAAACCAAGCACAUUUAGCCAAAAACGCUAGCGACAAAAAGAUGCAAGAUUUCUAUGACGCUAAAAAGUUCGGAAAAAUGCCCGUCUGUCUUCAAAUUGUGUGCAAACGUCUGGAAGAAGAAAAAUGUUUGGCCAUAGCAUCCAUCGUAGAGAGCUGUCUUUCUACGAUGCCCUAA